AUGUUCUUCUAUGAAGAUUCUUCUUAUACAAAUUAUAGUACUUCUCUAUCUCCAUCAUCAAUAAAAAGUAGUUCAUUUUCGGAUGAUAUUAAUUUAUUCAUUCCAUAUAAAAAACGAUUAAAUAUUAAUAUACUUGAUGAUAGUCUUCCUAUUCAAACAAGACCUAUUUCAUCAUCAUCAAUAACAACAACAACAACAAGAAAUUCAUCAUCAUUAGAUAAUGAUAUUAUACGUGAAACAAUACUUGAACUUGAUCGUAUUGUUGAAAAAGAUAUUAAAGAUCUUGAAAGUGAAUGUCAUCGUCAUGUUGGUCAUCAAACACAAUCAAUUAAUUCUGGACAUAUUCAACAACAACGAUCACGUUCUGUAGAUUCUCGUCGUCAUCUUCGUCCACCAUUACCAUCUCGAUUAUCAACAUCACGUACAGCUGAAGAACGUCGUCUUUCUGAACAUCGUAUGCAAAUGGAAAAAACAAUAACAACAAGAACACAUUCAGCACCUCGUCUUAAUAUUAUAAAAGAUAAUACAAUGAAUUUAUUACGUAAAAUUGAUAUGACAAGUAGUGGUCCAAUAACAAUGCUUUAUAAAAUUCCACCACCACCAUUUUCACGAUCAAGUAGUUCAAGUUCACUUUCAACUGAAACAACAUUACGUGUAUCAAGUCCUGAACCAGAUGAUCAUCCAAAAGAAUCACUUAAACCAUUGUAUAUAACAGAAAUAAUUGUACCACCUAAACAAAUUCCACCUAUUAAAGAACCAAUAAAAACAACUGUUAUAACAAUAACAGAUAAAACAGAAAUUGAACGUCGUAAUCGUGAAAUUGAACGACUUGAAUUAGAACGUAAAACAUUAUUAAAUGAAAAAGAACUUUUAUUAAAAGAAAUUGAUCGAUAUAAACAUCAAACAAUUCAUAAAAUUCCUGAAAAAAAGACAACAUUAGUUACAAUACGAACAAAUCAUGAACAAAUUCAUACACAACAAAAACCAUUAACACGUGAAGUUGCUAUGCAACAUAUUGUUGAAGAUGAUCAACUACCACCACCACCAUUACCACCUAAACAACGACAACAACGUGAUGUUGCUAUUAAUCAUCGAACAGAAUAUGAUGAAGAUGAAGAAAAACAAAUUGAAAUUGUUCGAAGAAAAUUAGAAGAAAUUAAAAAUUUUUAUAAUGAACGUAUACAUAUUCUUGAAGAUAAAAUAUUCGAACAAGAACAAGAUAUUGAACGUUUAACUGAACCAAAACAACAACGACAUGUUAAUACACAAUGUCAACCAACUAUGCAAGAUCGAGCACUUGUUACAGAUACAUUUCGAUCAGUUCGAGAUGUUGCAUUAACAUGUCAUCUUCAACCAACAUUACCAGGUCCUGUUGCACAUCGUGAUGUUAAUCUUCAAUGUAAUACAGAUGAUUUUAUUUCAAAACGUGAUGUAUGGAUGGAAACUUUACCUGAAGUACCUACUAAACGUGAUGUUGCAAUUGGUGUUUCAAUUAAUGUUACACCAGAUAAACAUUUUCGAGAUGUUGGUACUCAUGUUAAUUUUGAUUAUAAACCUGAAAUAUAUCAACGUGAUGUAGCAAUUAUGUUUACACCUGAACCAAUAGAAAAAUAUGAUCGUGCUACGAAUACACAACAUAUACAAACAAGAGAAUUUGGUGCUUUUGUUAAUACUAUUGAACAACCAAAACCUCCACCAAAACCAUCAACACGACAAGUUGCUACUGAUACUCUUAAUUUAAUAAUACAAAAAGAUACAGCAUGUGGUUCAAAUGAAACAACAAACAAUCGAGAUAUAUCAACUGAUACAACAUCAUUAAUUUCAUAUUAUGAUCGUGCAAGUGGACAUGAUAUACCUCCUGAAUUACUUUCACGUCAUGUAUCAACUGAUACACGUACAUUGAUCUCUAUCCGAGAUAACUUUUCCAUAACAACACCAUUAACACAACCCAUACAUAUCGAUGCACAAACACAAUCAAUACCUAUUAUACAACAUGAUGCAUCAUCAAAUACUUUUGCAUCAGCCGAACAACGACAUACAGGUGUACAAGCUGCACAAGAACAACCUACAAUAAAACAUCAAACAACAUCAACUGAACUUGAUAUAUUUCAUCAACUUGGUUAUUUACGUCAUAAUUUAUCAAAUACAGAUUUUAAACGAUCAACUGAUCGUUCAACAAUAACUGAACGUCAACAAUUACGUGAUUUAGCUGUUAAUACAGAACCUAAAAUAAUGUAUUCAAAAAAUGUUGGUGAUUAUGAUAUACGUUUAAAUGAUAAUAAAUAUGAAGAAUUAAUAUCUUAUCCUUUAUAUGGACGACCAAGAACAUAUGAUUGUGGAUUUCAAACAGAUUUAUUUGAUACAAAACGUCAUGUUGGUUAUAUUAAUCGUGAAGAUGAAGAUAUAAUUGAAGAACAACGACAAGAAAUAAUUACAUUUCGUUUACCAUUAGAAAGACAAACAACAGAAGAAAUUUAUGAAACAACAAUAAUAACAGAAACAAAAAAAAAUAAUCAACAAAUUGAAGAAAUACAUCAUAAAAAUAAACUUGAUAAUUUUGAUAAAAAAAUUAUUAAAAGUGGAACAACUGAAUGGAUACGAACAUCAGAUAAUAAUGAUAUUAAAUCAUCAAUCAAUAUUCAACAACGAUCAAAAUCACCUGAAGAACUUAUUGAAGAAUCUUAUGAAAUUGUAUCAACAAUUACAAAACCACAUGAUGGAAAUUUUUUAAUUGCAGCAAUUAAUCCACAAACAACAAUAGUACAAAGAUAUGAUAAUAUGUCACCAACAAAAUUACAAUCAAGUGAAGAUGAUAGUUCUUAUUGUGAAGAAUGGACAGUAACUGAAGCUAAACGUAAACAAGAUGGACAAACAAUAAAAACUAUUAUUGACAGGUAA